AUGUACUAUCCUCCGCCAGGACCACCACCACCCGGUCCGCCGCCGUGGACAGGAGGCUAUCAACAACCGCCUCCCCAACGGCACCAGCCCCCGCACCCCCCGCCUCAGCCCUACGGGCAGCCGCAGCCCUACUACCAUCAACCCCAACCGCAAUACCCACCAUAUCAGCAGCAUAGACAAUAUCCCUCGUACUCGGGGCCUCCUCCGCCUGGUUCCUUCCCGCAAACCCCUCAUUCGCCAUACGCAAAUACGCCAUCGCCGCAAUCUCCCUAUGGCCACACCCCGUCGCCGCCCGCUGGUCACCGUCACAACUUGAGUUCCCACCGCAACGGACGGCGCAAGGCCCUGCUCAUCGGCAUUAAUUAUUUUGGCCAACCGAACAAGUUGAACGGCUGUAUCAAUGAUGUCACUAACAUGUCCGCCUUCUUGCACGAGCGCUUUGGGUAUCGCCGCGAGGAUAUGGUUAUCCUUACAGACGAUCAGCGCAACCCGAUGAGCAUUCCUACUAAACAAAAUAUCAUCCGCGCGAUGCACUGGCUGGUCAAGGAUGCCCAGCCUCACGACUCCCUGUUCAUCCACUUCUCCGGCCACGGCGGUCGGACCCCGGACCUGGAUGGCGACGAAGAGGAUGGCUACGACGACGUGAUUUAUCCGGUGGAUUAUCGGACUGCGGGGCACAUUGUGGACGAUGAUAUGCAUGCGAUUAUGGUGCGACCCCUUCGCCCCGGUGUGCGCCUCACGGCCAUCUUCGACUCGUGCCACUCGGGUACCGCUUUGGACCUCCCCUUUAUUUACUCAACUCAAGGGGUGCUGAAGGAGCCCAAUCUUGCCAAGGAGGCGGCCCAAGAUCUGUUCAGUGCGGUGACCGCGUACGGACAAGGCAAUUUCUCCAGUGUGGCCUCCACCGCUAUUAAUUUCUUCAAGAAAGCGACCAACGGGGAACAGGCACGCGAACGUACCCUCAGGACCAAGACUUCUCCGGCGGACGUAGUUAUGUUCUCCGGAUCCAAAGACACGCAGACGUCGGCGGAUACCUUUCAGGACGGCCAGGCGCGAGGCGCCUUGAGUUGGGCGUUUAUUAAAUCCCUGAAACAGUGGCCCCAGCAAAGUUAUCUGCAGCUGCUCAACACUAUCCGGGCGGAGCUCGACGGGAAAUAUUCCCAAAAGCCGCAGCUCAGCUGCAGUCAUCCCCUUGAUACCAAUCUUCGGUUUGUGAUGUAG